AUGUCGAGUCUGAGUUUCGGUUCGCGAAGUGGGGAGCCGGCAGCGGCCACCGAAGACGAGAACAUCGACCGGGUGAUGAGGGUGAUCGACGACGACCCUUGCUAUCAGUUCCAGCUGCAGAAGCAAAGGCUCAAGGAGGAAGAAGAGGAGGCCCAGGCGGCAGGAACCAGCCGCAGCACAACCCGCGCCCGCAGCUCCCGCUCAAGCGAGUCCAUCUCCCCGAACAAAGCCCAGGCCUUGCACGCCUGCGCCACAGCCGUCAACGCCUUCAUGGCCCUCGGCGACGACUUCAAGAGGAACUGCAAGACGGCCACAGCCUCCGACUGCAGGCUCAUCGACGGCGACCUCAAAUACUCCGUCAUACUCACCAAGACUUUGCUCGGGUGUUUCCCGCAGAGCACGAGCCUCUCGCUCUUCAAAUGCGCCAAGGAGGCUCUCGCGCAGAGAGAACGAUAUCACAGGAACCUGAGGGAGGUAGAAGACUUCCACCGAUCACUCUCCAGUCUGUCGGAAAGGGCCCGGCAGACGGAUUACGCUUUCUCGAAGAACGACCCCCGUCCGUGGAUGCGGAAUCGCGGACGGGGAGCUGGCGCUGGAGGUGGCGCUGGAGGUGGCGCUGGAGCUGGCGCUGGAGCUGGCGCUGGAGCUGGCGCUGGAGCUGGCGCUGGAGCUGGCGCUGGAGCUGGCGCUGGAGCUGGCGCUGGAGCUGGCGCUGGAGCUGGCGCUAGAGCUGGCGCCAGAGCUAACCCCAAUGUUCAGCAAGCCGCUCAGCCGGGAGGGACUCAGCCUGCCUCCGGUCGAGGCUCCGGGGAGAUUCAGGCUGCCUCCCGCCACGGAUCAGGGGAGAUUCAGCCUAUCCCCCGCCAAGGCUCUGGAGAGAUUCAGGUUGGCUCUCGACGAGGCUCUCCGGCCUGGCCCAAUACUCCCGAUCGCGACUUCACUCACCUCGGACGAUAUGUAGGAGAGAGGUCCGGACCUUCCUCCAAUCCACCUCCGCCGCCGCCGGUACCGCACCGCUAUGUAUAG